ACUGCGAAAUUUAUUGAUUGUGAUGCCGCUUCUGUGUAGACGCAGUUACCUCCCUUGUAACACGAACACACUCCCAGCGAAACACGAUUCUCGGUGCAGUGAUGAUAUCCUCGGUAUUUGUGAACGACGCUGUGUGUGAACCCAACAUUGGAAAAGACUGUGUGCCCUACACUACUUCUUGGAUAUGUAGAUGGUGAUUCCAUGAUGGAUGAGAAGGUAAACUUGGUAGAUCCACUCACUGUUUGCAGAACCCUCAACACACUCAUACAAAGCAAUGGCUGCCUGGCUGACGUGUUGGGCUUUAUAGACGGUAACCAAGUCACUCCCCAGACCUAUAAACAGAACCGCGAUGCGCGUGAUCUGGAUUCUCCCGUCGGAGUGGCAGCUCUUGCGGGAAGGGCUGAUGUUAUGAACGCUCUUAUAGAUCGAGGGUUCGCCGCUAAUGAGAACUGUCGCACUGCUCUUGGAUAUUCAUGUACACCUAUACACCUUGCUUGUAAGAUGGGUCACGUCACAGUGGUCAAGUCGCUAGUGGAGGACCAUGGUGUCAGCGUCAACAUUGACGACGAAUGGGGCAACUCUCCCCUUUGCAGUGCUGUCAAGUCAGGAAGCGCUGAUGUAGUCAACUAUCUGCUAACGAAGGGUGCUACAUUAGACUUCCGGGAACAGUUCACGAAGUGUACAUAUCUACAUUUUGUAGCCGACACAGAAAACGUAGAAGUGUGUAAGUGUCUGGUUUCACGUGGAUGUGACGUCAAAGCUCGUGACGUCACAGGAUGCACACCUCUUCACAUCGCAGCGACGUCCGGCAACGUGGACAUGGGGAAAACUCUCCUUGACGCAUGUGCAGAUGUUAAUGCGGUGGAUAGUUUUAACCGUACCCCGUUUUUCAACGCGGCCAUGGAGGGUCAUACCGAAAUGUUGAGACUGUUGUUUUCAAACGGCGCAAAUCCGCGUGCGUGCGACUCAAACGGCACCUCCCCGCUCCUCAAUGCGAUAGAGUUCAGCGGCAACGACAUCAACGCUGUCAGAUACCUCCUCGUCGACGUCAACGCAAACCUCAGCUCAAUGACAAAUGUCCGGGGCAAGGCGCCCUUGUUGCUGGCGGUACAGCGGGGUCACAUGGGAAUCGUCGACCUGAUUAUCAACACCGGAUAUGACAUCACUCAGAAUGACGUCACGUGGUGCAGUCACGUGGUUGGAAAAGGAGAGGGCGCUGCUAAGUUGGUCAUGGAAUCCGCGUUUAUGACUCGAACACUUCAGGAUAUUUGCUGUUUUACUAUCCGACGUGCCCUCGGCGUACGUCUAGCCAAAUAUGUCGACAGACUCGGCGUUCCGGAAGCUUAUAUAAAAUUCAUCCGACUUGAUCACGUGAUGCCAAAUAAUAUAAACACGAGUGAAAGCUACGAUAUUUGUUUGUUGUUUAACUCUCGGCAGUUCCCCAGCGAUUUGACGACGUCGUCCUGUUAAUUACGGAGUCAGUCA